GGAGGACGAGGAGGAGCAGGCAGCGAAGGGAUGUGUGUGAGGGUGCGGGGAGGCGAGCGCUGACAUUUCUCCUCCGCCCCUGCUGGCCGGCUUGGUGGGGUCUCGGCCCUGCGACCCAGGGAGCCCUCUUGGGCGGGAGUGUUUCCUGAGACGGGUGGCCCCGCGUGGAACAGGCUGUGUCCAUCCAUCUCAUGUGCUGCGUGUUCCCGUAGAGCCUUGUUCCGUGCCGUCCGGCAGAGAGCUCCGUCUCGUCGCCUGUCAGGCCCUGCCCUGCCUCAGCAUGGCCAUCUCAUCGCGCCUCGCCCUGUGGGAGCAGAAGAUCCGGGAAGAGGACAAGAGCCCUCCACCGUCCUCGCCCCCUCCCCUUUUCUCUGUCAUCCCAGGGGGCUUCAUUAGGCAACUGGUCCGAGAGACUGAGAAAGAGUCCAAAGAAGCGAGACGGAGGAAGGAGGCAGAGCUCGCCUCUCCGGAACGAGAGACCCCAGACAUUUCCACCAGCCAACCCAACAGCAAAUCCAACAGUGGCGCCAAAUCUGGAAGCCAACAGAUUCCCCAGGACAGCCAGCCGAGCUCUGCCCAGGACUCAAGCAUUCUGGGCAAGGAGCGCGAGGGGGCCGGCCCCGCGGACCCCAUGCUGAUGACCAGCAUCAACGGCGAGAAACCCCAGGAGUCAGGCCCCGGCGGGACACCGGCCAAAAAACCUGUGCCCUUCAGGAGAGGAAUAAGAAGAGGCGACGUGUUGCUCAUGGUGGCCAAGCUGGACCUGGACGCCGCCAAGCCGGAGCAGAGGGCCCAGCCCCGUGAUGGCCCCACCUGCAAGUCCCCACCGCCAGCCACAGACCCUGGAGGGGAGAAGAAAGGGGAGACCCCAGGGCCUCCUCGUGGCCCCCAGGCCAGCACUGAGGAUGCAGCCCCGAAAGCUGAGAAGACUCAGACUGGGGGUCUUGGGGACCCAGGCCAGAAGGCACAAGGCACAGGGGAGAAAGGGGGCGGGGCCCCCCAGACCAAAGGGCCGAAAGGGGGUGAGGGCAACGAGGGGCCAGGUGAAGGGGGGCAACCACGGACGGCGGAGAAGGGGGCAGGGGACCCCCCAACCGAGAUGGCAAAGGGAAAACUCUCCAAGGAUGCCGGCGGGGAGGGGAGGUGGGCUGGGGCCCAAAUCCAGAUGAGAAGGUGGGGAGGUUCCCUGGGCAGAAGGAGUAAGUGGUACGGUCCCCAGAGUAAGAAGGACAGAGAGGGUGACCUCCUAAGUAAGGCAGAGAAGACAGAUGGACCUCAGAUCAAGACGGAGACGGGCAACGCACAGGGGGAAGGUUGGCAAGGUGGGGGAAGCUCUCAGACUGACCGAGAAGGCAGGGGAGCCUCUGGGUGA